AUGAAGCAUAAUGAAGGAAACAGGUCUAAAAUAUUUAUUCUUAAUGAAUAUAAGAAUAUCCAAGCUAAAAUUAAUGAACAUUUUAGUGUAGGACUAAUAGAGAACAAUAUUUAUACAUGGGAAGUUUUGAUUUUUGGACCACGUGAUACACCAUAUGAAAAUGGAAUUUUUAAAGCAAAAAUGGUUUUUCCAGUUAACUAUCCAGAAGCGCCACCAACAUUUAGAUUUAUUUCCGAAAUGUGGCAUCCAAAUAUAGAUUCUGAUGGAAAUGUUUGUAUAAGCAUUUUACACAAACCUGGAGAUGACGCUUUUGGAUAUGAAGAAUUGAGUGAAAGAUGGAUGCCUGUUAGGCAUCCAGAGAGCGUUAUUAUGAGUAUUGUGUGUUUAUUAACAUCUCCAAAUUGUGACAGUCCUGCCAAUGUAGAUGCUGCUACACAAUACAGACUCGACAUAAAUGCAUAUACAAAAAAAGUCAUGAGACUAACCGAGAAAACAUUAGAAUAA